CCUCAAAAACGGCAAGCGCAUGACCAGCGUCUCCUCCACCACCACCGCCUCCCUCUCCCUCUCAACGACUCACACCGCCGCCGCCGCGGCUCCUUGAACCACCAGUCCACCACCACCACCACUGGUGCGGAGGGGGCGCGGGAGCGAUGGGCAACUGCCAGGCGGCGGAGGCAGCGGCGGUCAUCAUCCAGCACCCAGGCGGGAAGGUGGAGCGCCUCUACUGGUCCACCACCGCCGCCGAGGUCAUGCGGAACAACCCGGGCCACUAUGUCGCGCUCGUCAUCCUCCGCGUUGCCGCUGACAAGGCCGCCGCCGCCACCACCGGGGACGCCGCGGCGGCGGCCACCACCGGUGCCGGUGCCGGAGGCGGCGGCGGGGGAGGGGCCAAGAUCACCAGGGUCAAGCUUCUCAAGCCCAAGGACACGCUUCUGCUCGGCCAGGUCUACCGCCUCAUCACCGCGCAAGAGGUGACCAAGGCGCUGCAGGCGAGGAAGAACGAGAAGAUGCAGCGGUGCGAGGCCAUCAGGCAGCAGCACGAGCAGCUCCGGCGCGGCGACGGGGGCGACCAUGGCUCUUCCGACCAGGACGGGAAGCAGGAGAAGGACCGGCACCGGGGAAGAGGCCGGCACUGGCGGCCGGCGCUGCAGAGCAUCUCCGAGGCCGCGAGCCAGAGCAGCAGCAGCGUCUCUGAAGCCGCCACCAGCUGAUGCUACUGACAGGACCGUGCCAUCCGGGCUUCUUCUUCUUCUUCUUUCUUUUGAUUUAUGAUUUGCUUGUUAGUAGUAUAAAGUGCUUGAGCCUAGCCAGCAACCCAAAAAAAAUGUAAAUCAGAGUGUCAGAGCAGGAUCAAUAGGAGCCUUGUUUCGUCUCUCAUGUAAAAUUUGGCAUGGUGGAACUGAAACUCAGUGUUCAAAUCAGUCGAGUGGUUCGCCAAUUGCAACUUUGCUCUUUCCA